CUUUCGGUGGGGGAACUUGAAAGAAGCUCGCCGGGAAUAAAAAUGUGUUGCUAUGUGUCGCUUUGUAUCAAGCCCUGGAGCCACUAAUCUCCACACAGCUACCCAUUCACAUCGACGGGCUGCGUGUCGUCUUUCGUCUUCCACACGGAGCAGGACUCUGUUGUGGCACCACUACCUUCUCUGGAAUAUGCUCCGUCUCCAUGGUAACAGGCCCCAGGCAGACCCAGAAAAACAUUGGGCCAAGUUGAUCCUCAUACCUGAUCCUGGACACCAGGGAUGAAGAUUUGAAUUCAAACACAUUAUUGCGCCUGAAAUACCGGAUUGACGAUAAAACCACAACAGUGACUCAGAUGAUAGUUUUUAGGGUACUUUGUGUGUCCUCUUGGGAUCAUGGUGGUCCCUUAACAUCAAAAGAAGAUUCUAAAUUUGGCCAUAACAGGCCCAAACGGGUCUGAAAGGAAUUGUCACCAAGGACAAGGAUGCACCAGCUUUUUAGUCAGGUGCUGGGCCAGAGGGAUUUGUCAAGAGCGGGAGACCUGUUUUCUCUGGAGGAUGCAGAGAUCGAAGACUGCCUGUCUCACGCUCUGGAUCAGAUCAAGUCUAUCUCCUGCUCACCGGAUUAUUUGACCAAUGAUAAUGACCAGGCUGUGGUCGAGAUUUGCAUAACACGCAUCACCACGGCCAUCAGGGAGACAGGCUCUAUCGAGCGGCACAGCACAGCCCUGGUGGGGCUGUGGGAGUCGUGUUUGGAAUAUAACCUCACGCCUCAAGGUGACAACACCGAGGACACGCCGCACACCAAGAUAGCCUCCGACAUUACCAGCUGCAUCUUGCAGAACUACAGUUGUCCAUCGGUUAUGGUGCUGGCUGUUCCGGUGGCGGUGCGCUUUCUGCAUCGAGGCAACCGAGAACUGAGCAGGAACAUGUCCAGCUAUCUCUCACUGGCUGCUAUAGCCGAGAUCGAUCUGCUGGCUGACCAUACUGAGGCCAUAACACUCAGUGUACUUGCAGGGAACCCCAUGCUGCUCCGUGUGCUUCCCUCAGUCUACCCCAGACAACCUGAUAUCAUCCACUGUCACCUUGGCAAACUCACUGCUAUGAUGUCACAGCUGGACUCUGCGGAACAACAGCACCUGAUCAGACUGCUUCAAAUGGUGGCUGAGCAGCAUCCGUUGAUGUUGAGCCCCCAGGUACCUGCGCUGGUCGGUUACCUCGGCAACCAGUCUCUGAUUGAGGCCAUAUUAGGCACUCUGGUGGACGUGUCUCAAGCCAGCCCCUCCUCGCUGGUCAGCUCUCUGCCAAAGCUCAGGACUGUGGGACAACAAUGGCCUGCUCUCUUGGGUCACGUCGCCAAAAUCCAUGGUGCAGUGGGCAUCAUCAGUGAGACGCAUGCACAUGCAUCUUUGGUCUAUCUGGUGUCCCUUCUGGGCAACAUGGAGCACACGUUUCACCACACACUGCUGCUGGAGAUCCGAGGUCUGACAGACCGUUAUCCUUCUGUGCUGGGAGUCUACGGGAAAGACCUGUACCGGCUCAGCAACUCGUUCACCGCCAUUGCCAAACUGCUGGGGAGGCGCCUUGAGGAGAGCGCCACCACACGCUGCAGUGAAAAUGGAGUGGAGCCAUCGCCGUCAUCGAGUGCGCCCCUACAAGGGGGAAGUAAGCGAGGGGGGUCCAAACAGCGGCAACAGGUUAAGGCUGGAGGUGAGAUGCAGGUACAGGAGGACUCUCCGGCCCCCCAGCGGAGAUACAGCCUGAGCCAUGCAGUGAGGGAGGAGCAACGAGAGGUGAGAUUCAACAGGUCAAAGAGCUUGGCUCUUCACGCCGUGCGCUCGCGAUCCAUCAACUCAGACGGCGGGGAGGACGCAGAGGGAGUGGAGCUCAGUCCAGACAACAUCACCUUCACGAGUACUUUGCCCUGCCAGCAGAGCUCAGUAGAACAUCAGGAAGUGACACUUCCCGCCAAGAAACUGACAGACAAUGUACCCGCAUCCGCCACCAUGCCAGACAGAGGGGUCAAGGAGUCUGAGAGAGGUCAAAGUGCACAGAAGAACAAAGAGGAGGAAGAGGUUGGGGUAGCUGACAGACUCUUUGUCCAUUUAAGAAACAAUAUGGAGAUGAUCCGAGAGUUCUGUAAGGACAUGGUGCAACACAUCCCCAUACCAGAGCAGUGUGUCAUAGAAGAAUCAAACCGAGGCUGUGUGGCCAAGCUGUCGUUCUCUUGUCCCUUGAAGGGCCACUACUGCCUGUAUGCCAAAUCCAGUUUUAACCUGAGCAGCCGCCAGCCACAUCUUUGGAUACAAAUCAUGCUGCUCCAUCUACAGAGUAAGUCCAACGUUCCACUGUGCUCUGGAGAUGAAUGUGUCCAAAGACUGGCUUCUCUUUGGGGGAAGACUCAGCUCAAAGGAGCUCACAGCUUCCACAUGGCAAUGACGCAACAUGCCACCCCACACAGAAAGGACUUGGACAGUCUACAGAUGCAGCUGGAGGAGGUUCGCUUCUUUGACCUCUUUGGCUACAGUGAAGAAGAGGGAGGGUGGCUAUGCUUCAUGUGCAACAACCCAGAGAAGGCCACAGGUGUGAACCAGGAGGGUCAGCCUCUCAUUGAAGGCAAGCUGAAGGAGAAGCAGGUCCGCUGGAGGUUCAUCAAGCGGUGGAAGACUCGCUACUUCACUUUGGCAGGAAACCAGCUGCUCUUUUGGCGAGGCAAAUCGAAGGAUGAGCUGGACGACAUUCCCAUUGAGCUGAGCAAAGUGCAAAGUGUCAAGGUGGUGGCCAAGAAGCGGCGGGACCGAGGCCUCCCUCGAGCGUUCGAGAUCUUCACGGACAGUAAAACGUACGUGCUGAAAGCCCAGGAUGAGAAGCACGCCGAGGAGUGGCUGCAGUGUAUCAACGUGGCCGUGGCUCAGGCCAGGGAGCGGGAGAACAGAGAGGCCACAACUUACCUGUGACUGCCACACCUCACCUGUGCUGGAUGUUCAAUGGACAACAAACACCGGUGCAUUUUACUGAUGGCAUUUUGAGGAUAGCGAGCAUGUUUGGGAUGUUCUGGAUCGGCGUAUGCAGGUUUUCGGACCAAUACAAUUCAACUUGCACAUUUUGUUGUGGCAUUUUAUUGUGGCCACCCUACGGCACAGCUGCGCAAUAAUCAUGCUAAUCAUGCUAGCACAGAUGUAGACAGACUUGUGAACAAUAUUUGAGAGAGAUAGGCCUGUUGUGUACAUACUUCAGCUCAUUAAAAAUGGGAGCAAAAACACAAGUGUUGCAUUUAUAUUUUUGUUGCGUAUAUGUGUACUAUAUUGGGUAAUACGAGUAUAAAGGUGUUAGUUAGGCGUGUUAGUUCAUGUCUAGAUUAUUCUAAUAAUGUUAAAAACCUUAUUUAGAAGGUCGCAAAGGUUUUCUAUGGUCUAAAUAUGAAAAUAUUUGAUUUACUUGGCGGAAAUUCGCUUAUCACAGUCUGGAACGAAUUAACCAUGAUGAACGAGGGAUUACUGUGUAUAUAUUGCUUCACUAGCAGGCCCGUAAUUGUAUACUGGGAUAGAAAUGACGACUAAAAGAAAACCUAAUAACCAACCAAUCAACCAAUAACUUGAAGAAACACUAAUAUGUGCGAGGGGUAGGAUUAGUGCAACACAUUGGUGAAUAGCAUAUUAUUUCCUCAGUGUUGCACAGUUAUUAGUUAUUAAGGCAAAUGUGUAAAAAUGUCAAAAAGAAAAUCCUGGAUCUGCACCUUUUGUUUCUUUCUCCCAUCCGCUACAUGCUUGUGUGGAUGUCAAAUAAAUUGCUUUUGAAUAUUCUUGCCGUGAUAAAAGCACAACACUAUUUAUUAGGGUGUCACGAGACAAGACGAGACAAGAUUUUAGCAUUAAUUUUAGGAAAAGUACAAUGAAAAACAUGUAUGACAACAUAUUGCAUUCUACCAAUCUACUAAUUUAAUUUCUACUACAUUACAUUACUCUUUUGCACCGUGUGUGUAUGAUACCGGCCCCGCCUCCGCCCUCCGAGACGAAGAGACUGUAUGACCAAGAAGAAAGGGUCUCACUCCGUUCCUGUUAUUGUUCUACAGAACAAAUGCCGAAAUCAAUGUACAGAGUGAACUCUCGUCCUGCUUGUUUGGAGGCGAGAGACGAAAUAGGCCGAGGCUGGCAACAUUAUUCAUUAUUGUGUGUGUGAUGAAAUCAUUUAUUUCCUAUCGUCCCAGGCCAAGUGCCCACCUUGUCAUGUUUUAAUCUCGCGAGAUCUCGUGACACCCCUUAGCAUUUAUAUUCCACCAUCUGUCGCGUGUGCUUUAUAAUGCAAUGCACUGUUUAACAUCAUUGCUGGCCUAAAAUUCUAUAUUUCACAAUAGAAAAUGAGCUCUGUUUCAUUUCAGCAAUAAAGAAUUUGAAGCAAUAAAGAUGAAAAAAGAGGAUGAAUGAUCUCUAAACGUAACUAUGUAGAGUAUACGUGUGCCCUGGAAAGCAGGAAAGCAGCUUAUCACAUUUCCCCAAAUGUCAAAAUAUUCCUUCAUAAUGAAUGUAUGAAUAUUGACUUUUGUUAUUCUUUGUAUUUGUUUCAAAGUGAUCAUCUCACAUUACGUCCACCAAAACAUCACAGUCUAUUUUGGAAAUACCCAUGAGGGUCAGUGAAGUGGUCAGGUUUCUUUUCUUUUUCAAUCACUGUCUAGGAACUGUUUUUUUGUUGGGUUUUUUUUUGUGGGGGUCCCACAGCAUUUCAGUGGAGUUGAUACAGUUUGCACUUAUUUCUAAGAAAACAGUGCAGUCAAUGAGCCGUUUCUCCUUCUUGUUGAUUUAAGACAACUGAUUGUGUCAUGAUCUCUGUGGAUUUUCACAUCCAUUAAAAAAAAGUGUGAGGUUCACAUUUCAGAAGUGUGGUGGUUUAUGGAUGUCACAAAGCAGCUUCUUGGCUCUUAGUCAGCUCUUGCCACCACAAAUGGAAAGCAAACAUUGCCAUGUGUCGCGUGUUUUGGUGUCUGUCUCUCUCUAUGUGUUUUAUUUCUACUGAACUAUAGACCUGGAAAUGCUGUAAUUCUGGCCAUGGGUGGGGUGUUAAUUGGAAGCCGGUGAUAAUUGGUUAAUAACUGGUUCAUAUCGAAGGUGUUUGAUUGGCUUCUUCGACACCAAACUCCUCCAAUGGACCUUUCCCAAACUUUUCCCGCCAAGGUUAAAGCAUCCAAUUGUCCUAAAGGACUACAGAUGAUGAUUGAAGGGUCUUGUCAAACCCAAAUGAUAGCUUAAGAGGUGUGUCGCAAGACUUUCGUCCAUGUUGUGUUUGUCUGGCGAGAUUGAGCAUGUUGUCACGUAUAAAUAAUGUACCAUAAGAGCAUUCCUACAUAACAUGAGCAGCUUUGCAUGCUUCAAGUGUGUCCAGUGAAGAGUUUUUAAACGAGAGCAAUACUUUUCUUGUCAAACAUGAACUAAAUUGACAUUGGUUAAAACGAAAUACUUUACACAGCAUGCUACAUUAGAUUAUUAGAUACAAACUAAAUAAACGUGAACUGAACUGUUUGUUCUUACUUUAUAUAACUAUUUAUUUUUCACAUGCUGAACGACAUGGACGUUGUCAUUUUGUUGAUUUUAUACUACUGUUAAUGACUAUUCUAAAUGAAUGUUAUUGCAGAUAAUUCACAUUGUACAUGUAUGUGCUGCAUGUCUAACAGGUUUGUUUGUUUUUGGGUCAAUAAAUGUUGUGUAA